AUGCCUUCCUCACUCCCUCAGCGUUCUGCGGUAAUUAAUCGCAUCACCAAAGAGACGAAGAUUCAAGUCUCCCUGUCUCUUGACGGCGGUGCCCUCGAAUACCUUCCCAACAACGAAGAAUUUGCACCCGAAACCAUCUCAGCACCAAACACGCCAAUACCGUACCAGGACGAAACCCACCACGCCUCUCAAACAUCAGAUAAACAAGAGAUAUGGAUAUGGACAGGCGUUGGGUUCUUAGAUCACAUGCUGCAUGCGUGGGCGAAGCAUGCAGGCUGGAGCUUGCGGGUGCGAUGUAAAGGGGAUCUAGCAAUUGAUUCCCACCACACGUCUGAAGACACUUUCAUUGCGCUCGGCUCUGCGUUUUCCCAGGCCCUCGGAUCGCGAACGGGUUUACAGCGCUUUGGCCACUGCUACGCUCCCCUGGACGAGUCCCUCUCGCGGGCGGUCCUCGACAUUUCAUCGCGCCCGUUCUUUGAAGGCGAUGUAGAGUUCAAGCAUGAUAAAAUUGGGGAAUUGCAGAGCGAUAUGAUUCACCAUGGGCUGGAUAGCUGGGCAAAAGAGGCAAGGGUGACGUUACAUGUGGAUAUCAUUAAGGGGAGGAACGAUCACCAUAGGGCGGAAAGCGCCUUCAAGGCGCUGGCGGGGGCCUGUGCGAUGGCUUGUCGGAGAGUUGAGGGAAAGGAGGGAGAAGUGGUCAGCACGAAGGGAGUGCUGUGA